GCUUUAGCAGGUGGGAGGCGCAGUGGCGGAGAGCGAAGAAAGAGGAUGUACAGGGCGGCCCUGAGCUGGCAGCCUGGAGGUUCCCGCCCUCGAAGGCGGGGACUGCACGGCCUCGCUCCCAGGUGGUGGGCGUCUGACGUCACGAGAGGGGGCGUGUCUCUCGGUUUGGGCGCCUAGCCCGAAUCCCGGAUGCUGGUGGUGUGGAGUGUGCGGGGGCUGCCAUGCAGCGGGACUUGGGGAGCUACCCACUGGCCCCUGGUGUGCGAGUAAAACUGGUGAGCGCAGGCUUCCAGACGGCCGAGGAGCUCCUGGAGCUGAAGCCUUCGGAGAUCAGCAGAGAAGUUGGAAUCUCUAAAGAAGAAGCUCUAGAAACACUACAAAUAAUAAGGCGGGAAUGCCCAAUGGAUAUGUCAAAAUAUGCUUCCGUGUCCGCAUCAGGCAAGAAAUGUACAGCAUUGGAACUUCUUGAGCAAGAACACACCCAGGGCUAUAUAAUUACCUUUUGUUCAGCACUGGAUAAUAUUAUGGGGGGUGGAAUACCCCUAACCAAGACAACAGAGAUUUGUGGUGCGCCAGGUGUUGGAAAAACACAGUUAUGCAUGCAGUUGGCAGUAGAUGUACAGAUCCCAGAAUGUUUUGGAGGAGUAGCAGGUGAAGCCAUAUUCCUUGAUACAGAAGGAAGUUUUAUGGUUGACAGAGUGGUAGAUCUUGCCACAGCCUGUGUUCAACAUCUUCACCUUAUUGCAGGAUCACACUCUGAAGAGGAGUACCAAAAAGCAUUGGAGACCUUCUCCCUAGAAAGCAUACUCUCUCAUAUUUAUUAUUUUCCUUGUCACAACUAUACGGAGCUACUGGCACAGGUUCACCUCCUUCCAGACUUCCUUUUGGAGCAUUCAAAGGUCCAGCUGAUUGUAGUGGAUGGGAUUGCAUUUCCAUUUCGGCAUGAUUUUGAUGACCUCUCCCUUCGAACACGGUUACUGAAUGGACUAGCACAGCAGCUGAUCAGCAUGGCAAAUAAUCACAAAUUAGCUGUAAUUUGGACUAAUCAAAUGACAACAAAGAUUGAGAAAAAUCAGUCCUUACUAGUUCCUGCUUUAGGGGAAAGUUGGGGACAUGCAGCUACAAUUCGAUUAAUCCUUCAUUGGGACCAAAAGCAGAGCAGGUUAGCAACAUUGCACAAAUCACCAAGCCAGAAGGAGGCCACAGUACUGUUUGACAUAACGGCCCACGGUUUUCGAGAUGUAGCUGUUCCUUCUCCAUUAUCUCCACCAAUGGAACCUUCAGUGAACCCCCGAAAGCGGUCACGAGAAGCAAGGGAAGAAGAAUAAUAUUUUAAAGAUUUUUCAUCUUGUGUAGCACAAAAAUGUUGUAAAGACCAUUAAAUGCUGAUUACAGUUUACACAGCAAACAUUUUAAACAACCAUAGAAUGUCUCCAAUAUCAACAAUUACCACAGUAUUAAAUUGACAAUUUAAGACAGUCACAUCAAUUAUAAAAUGACAUUACCAAAUACUCAUAAGUCAUUUAUUAAAACAUUUGUAUAGAAUACACUCAAGCAACAAAAAUGGUUGUAAAUAUUAAAAUACAUAAAAUAUGUACAUAGUAAGUUAAUAUCAUUAACUUGGAGCUUUUAUAAAAUAAUUCAUACUCUACCCAUUUCAUUAUUAAUAUCCCUGUUGGUUAUUAAACUCUCAUCCCAGUAAUAUCCCAAUAAUACAUUGUACAUAAAUAUCUCUACCUAAUUGCAUAACAAACCUUCUAAUUAUAUGUGAUUUGAUAAUACUUGAACCUAAUUUUAACCUUGACAGCACAGGAUCAUUAACAGGGUUCUUAACCUUCUAAAAGUACCCACAAUCAAGGUGUCAUAAUACGUAUUAAAGUCUUUUUGACCCUCAUAUUUAUAUUUCUUUCUUGCUCUGGCAGUCUUAGGCAUACUAUAUUAUUUUUGUUGAAUGGAAUAGUUGUAGCAAUUCAUUGCAGCUGUUGUAGUCCUGAGUUUAAAAGUAUAGUUGUAGUGCCUCUUCUAAACUUGCAGCUGUGCUUAAUACAGAUUUAGAUGAGGUCAACCACUCUCAGAUCAUGUCUACAGGUUGUGGUAGUACCUAGAUGAUAUUGGCAGUGGGAAGUUUUUCUUCAAUCCUCUUUUCCUUCAGCAUUUAUUUGUUGUGUUAACUAAAUCAUUAGGCGCUAUUUAAAGGAACACAAACUAACCUUGACAGCAAAGGGACCUCCCUCAAAAACGAAGUAUAUAGGCAAGUAGAAGUUAUUAAAGUUGAUCAGUAGGACUGGUGGAUCACUAAUUUCAUUAAACGUUUCACUAGGGUGCCAGCAGGUAACCACUAAAAGCCAAUAUGAUGCUGUUAUUGCUUAAUUUCCAUUCAAUUAACUUUUGUUAAAUUAUAGAUAGCCACAUGUAAUAAUAUUGCUGUUUGGAUUGCAGAGUCGCCAUUGAGGUAAUGAACCUCACUGAAUCAUGUUUCACUGUUUUUCACUCUUAUUCCCAAACAAAAAUCAGCCUUCUCUACCUUCCACGUCCAGCUCCUUUCUUUUCUCUCCCCUUCCCCCUUCAAAUUGAGAGAGCAAGAAAAACAAAACUCUGUUACAAGCAUAUAUAAUCAGACAAAACAAAAUUUCUCAUUGGCCUUUUAAAAAAAUCUUGAUCUGCAUUCUGAGUCUGUCAUCUCUCUGCCAGGAGCUGGGCAGCAGGUUUCAUCAUUAGUCCUCUAGAGCUAUAGUUGAUAAUCCUGUUGAUCAGAAUUCCCAAGUUUUUUUUUUUAACUUAUACUUAUAUAUUAGCAUGAUAUUAUUAUGGAGCAACUAGAUGGUUCAGUGAAUAGAGUGCUGGACCUGUAGUUAGACCUGAGUUCUAGUCUGGCCUCAGACACUUACUAGUCAAAUG